CAUUAUACCAUAUAUAAAAUAAAAUGUGUGAAAAGCUUCAAUAACUGAGGUGAUGUGAUGUGAUAAUCUCUAGGCUUUCCUUAUUGUAACCACAAUAAAAUAUAUCUUAUGUGUAUACCGCCAAGUGAUAGUAUUUUUAAGAUCUUCAAAAUUAUUAUAAUAAAUAUAUUGGAUAGAAAAUUAAAUAAAUUACGUAUAUAGUGGAAUGAGUGUUACAAGUUUACCCCGUCGCAGGGGCAUACACUAUCACAAUAUAUUCACAAACAGUAUUGAGUUCGGUUAUAAAUAUUGGUACGCACUUGCUGUGUUAAUAUUACUUUUUUUGGAUGUUAGUAGUUAUGAAAAAAUUUAUAGUCCAAUCGAAAAGCAGCGCUAUGAUGGCUGGUACAAUAAUCUUGCACAUCCGGACUGGGGUUCCGUAGAUAGUCAUUUGGUGCGCAAAGCACCACCUUCAUAUUCAGAUGGUGUAUAUGCAAUGGCAGGUUCAAAUCGUCCAUCAACGAGACGGCUAAGCCGUCUUUUUAUGGGAGGACGUGAUGGUCUUGGUUCUAAACAUAACCGGACUGCACUUUUAGCAUUUUUUGGCCAAGUGGUGGCAAAUGAAAUUGUGAUGGCAUCUGAAUCAGGUUGUCCCAUAGAAAUGCAUCGCAUUGAAAUUGAAAAAUGUGAUGAUAUGUACGACAAGGAAUGUCGUGGUGAUAAAUACAUACCAUUUCAUCGAGCAGCAUAUGAUCGUAAAACAGGACAAAGUCCAAAUGCUCCCAGAGAACAGAUCAAUCAAAUGACUGCUUGGAUUGAUGGUAGUUUCAUUUAUAGUACCUCAGAGGCUUGGCUUAAUGCCAUGAGAACCUUUCAUAAUGGUACAAUGUUAACAGAAAAGGGCGGAAAAAUGCCUAUUAGAAAUACAAUGCGUGUACCUUUAUUUAAUAAUCCAGUGCCAAAUGUUAUGAAGAUGUUAAGUCCAGAGCGUUUAUUUUUAUUAGGAGAUCCACGUACAAAUCAAAAUCCUGCAAUAUUGUCAUUUGCCAUACUCUUUUUACGUUGGCACAACACAGUUGCUCAACGCAUUAAGAACACCCACGCCGAUUGGAGCGAUGAAGAUAUUUUCCAACGUGCGCGGCACACUGUUAAAGCCACUUUACAAAAUAUUAUUAUGUAUGAAUAUCUGCCUGCCUUUUUGGGUACCGAACUGCCACCGUACGACGGCUAUAAGCAAGAUGUGCAUCCCGGUAUUGGACACAUUUUUCAAGCAGCUGCCUUCCGUUUUGGACACACAAUGAUUCCGCCUGGAAUUUAUCGCCGCGAUUCCAAGUGUAAUUAUAAGAAAACGCCUAUGGGUUAUCCGGCUAUACGUUUGUGCUCAACUUGGUGGGAUUCGAGCGAAUUUUUUACUGAUACCACAGUUGAAGAAGUUUUAAUGGGAUUAGCAUCACAAAUUUCGGAACGUGAAGAUCCAGUAUUAUGUUCGGAUGUGCGUGACAAACUGUUUGGACCAAUGGAAUUCACAAGACGUGAUUUGGGUGCAUUAAACAUAAUGCGUGGACGUGAUAAUGGUCUACCAGAUUACAAUACAGCACGGGAAGCAUUUGGGUUACCAGUACGUAAGGAUUGGAUGGACAUUAAUCCAGAGUUAUUUGAAAAAGAACCAGAUUUACUAAGAAUGCUGAUAUCAGCCUACAACAAUCAACUUGAUAAUGUCGAUGUUUAUGUUGGCGGCAUGUUGGAGUCAUACGGUCAACCAGGUGAAUUAUUUACGGCUGUGAUUAAAGAACAAUUCAUACGCUUACGUGACGCUGAUCGCUUUUGGUUUGAAAAUGUGAGGAAUGGUAUUUUCACACCUAAAGAAAUUGCAGAAAUACGUAAGAUAACAUUAUACGACAUUAUAGUUAAUAGCACCGAUAUUAAUGUGGAAGAUAUACAAGCUGAUGUUUUUAUGUGGCAUGCGGGUGAUCCAUGUCCUCAACCUAUGCAACUAAAUGCCACUGAACUAGAACCUUGCAAUUACCUGGAAGGUUAUGAUUAUUUCUCUGGUUCAGAGCUGAUGUUUAUAUAUGUUUGUGUGUUUCUGGGAUUUGUUCCCAUAUUAUGUGCUGGCGCUGGCUACUGUGUGGUCAAGUUGCAAAAUAGUAAACGGAGAAAACUAAAGAUACGCCAAGAAGCAUUGCGUUCACCACAACAUAAAGGUUCAGUAGACAAGAUGUUAGCACGUGAAUGGCUUCAUGCAAACCAUAAACGUCUAGUUACAGUCAAGUUUGGACCAGAAGCAGCCAUUUAUACUGUGGAUCGAAAAGGGGAAAAAUUACGUACAUUCAGCUUGAAAAGUAUUGACGUAGUCACAGUUGAGGAAUCUGCCACAAAUCACAUUAAAAAGAAACCUUACAUUUUGAUGCGUGUACCAAAUGAUCAUGACUUGGUUUUGGAGCUAGAAUCUUAUGGUGCACGUCGUAAAUUUGUGAAAAAAUUAGAAGAUUUCUUAGCAUUGCAUAAAAAGGAAAUGACUUUGGUUGAGGUUAAUCGUGAUAUUAUGCUAGCACGUGCUGAGACACGUGAACGUAGACAAAAACGUUUAGAAUACUUUUUCCGUGAAGCAUACGCUUUAACUUUUGGACUACGUCCCGGCGAGCGUCGUCGUCGUUCCGAUGCGUCAACAGAUGGUGAAGUCAUGACGGUCAUGCGCACAAGUUUGUCUAAAGCUGAAUUUGCUGCUGCCUUAGGCAUGAAACCAAAUGAUAUGUUUGUGCGUAAAAUGUUCAACAUAGUAGAUAAAGAUCAAGAUGGACGUAUUAGUUUUCAAGAAUUCCUCGAAACCGUUGUUCUCUUUUCACGUGGCAAAACAGACGACAAGCUACGUAUAAUCUUCGAUAUGUGUGACAACGAUCGGAAUGGUGUUAUCGAUAAAGGCGAACUAAGCGAAAUGAUGCGUUCUUUGGUGGAAAUUGCGCGAACCACUAGUUUAGGUGACGAUCAAGUAACAGAACUGAUUGAUGGCAUGUUUCAAGACGUUGGCUUGGAGCAUAAAAAUCAUCUAACAUAUCAAGAUUUUAAGCUUAUGAUGAAAGAAUAUAAGGGAGACUUUGUGGCUAUUGGUCUAGAUUGCAAAGGGGCCAAGCAAAACUUUUUAGAUACAUCCACAAAUGUUGCACGUAUGACUUCCUUUAAUAUUGAACCUAUGCAAGACAAGCCGCGUCAUUGGAUACAAGAGAAAUGGGAUAGCUAUAUUACGUUUCUGGAAGAGAACCGACAGAAUAUAUUUUAUUUGUUUCUCUUUUAUGUUGUUACCAUCGUUUUAUUUGUGGAGAGAUUUAUACAUUAUUCCUUUAUGGCAGAGCAUACGGAUUUGAGACACAUAAUGGGUGUGGGUAUAGCCAUAACGCGUGGUUCUGCCGCUUCACUCAGCUUCUGUUAUUCAUUGCUAUUAUUAACAAUGUCGAGAAAUUUAAUCACUAAGCUAAAGGAGUUUCCAAUUCAACAGUAUAUUCCGCUGGAUUCUCAUAUACAAUUUCACAAGAUAGCCGCUUGUACAGCAUUAUUCUUUUCGGUGCUGCAUACUGUAGGGCACAUUGUUAAUUUCUAUCAUGUAUCCACGCAAUCGCAUGAGAAUUUACGUUGUUUAACAAGAGAAGUACAUUUUGCAUCCGACUAUAAGCCUGACAUCACAUUUUGGUUAUUCCAAACAGUUACAGGCACAACUGGGGUCUUACUCUUCAUUAUAAUGUGCAUAAUAUUCGUCUUUGCUCAUCCAACGAUACGUAAAAAAGCUUAUAAAUUCUUUUGGAACAUGCAUUCGCUAUAUAUUGGCUUGUAUUUACUAAGUUUAAUACAUGGUCUCGCACGUUUGACUGGCCCACCAAGAUUUUGGAUGUUCUUUUUAGGACCAGGCAUAAUAUAUACAUUGGAUAAAAUUGUCUCAUUACGCACCAAAUAUAUGGCAUUGGAUGUUAUGGAAACUGAUUUACUGCCAUCAGAUGUUAUUAAAAUAAAAUUCUAUCGUCCACCUAAUCUUAAAUAUUUAUCUGGACAAUGGGUACGUUUGUCCUGCACUGCCUUCAGACCACAUGAAAUGCAUAGUUUUACGUUAACCUCUGCACCACAUGAAAACUUUUUAAGCUGCCACAUUAAAGCGCAAGGCCCAUGGACCUGGAAAUUACGCAACUACUUCGAUCCAUGCAAUUAUAAUCCCGAGGAUCAACCGAAAAUUCGAAUUGAAGGUCCUUUCGGUGGUGGUAAUCAGGAUUGGUACAAAUUCGAAGUAGCUGUUAUGGUGGGCGGUGGCAUAGGUGUCACGCCAUACGCAUCGAUUCUCAAUGAUUUAGUUUUUGGUACCAGCACAAAUCGUUAUUCCGGUGUUGCUUGUAAAAAAGUUUAUUUUCUAUGGAUAUGCCCUUCACAUAAACAUUUUGAAUGGUUUAUCGAUGUGUUGCGAGAUGUGGAGAAGAAAGAUGUUACAAAUGUUCUCGAAAUACACAUAUUCAUAACGCAAUUCUUUCACAAAUUUGAUUUAAGAACUACAAUGCUGUAUAUUUGCGAAAAUCACUUUCAACGUCUAUCGAAAACAUCUAUUUUUACUGGUCUAAAGGCUGUUAAUCACUUUGGUCGGCCCGAUAUGUCGAGCUUUUUGAAAUUCGUACAAAAGAAACAUUCAUAUGUCUCUAAAAUAGGCGUUUUCUCAUGUGGACCACGCCCUCUAACCAAAAGUGUUAUGUCGGCAUGCGAUGAAGUGAACAAAACAAGAAAACUACCUUAUUUCAUACAUCAUUUCGAAAACUUCGGUUAAAACGUUAUUGGACGUAACAGCAUAUAACAACGAAACAAUACGAGUACAGGAUUACUUCUAAGGACUUUAGUCCAAAGCAUUUAAGCGACAUGUAAAACCGAAAACGCAUACAACAAUUGACACUUUGCGCUGCCAACUUAGCUAAAGUUUUUCAUUGGAAAUUGAAAUUGUUUACUUGUUCUCCCUUUCCGGAACUGUCAUACUCUCUCUACAACGAAACAUCUACAUUUUUUUAUUAUUUUCUUAUUUUUUGCGUUCUAAUUUUAUGUUUUCUUUUAUAUAACUACCAUGCAACAAUGCAAACAUGUAACCAAUAUCACCGCCAACAUUACAAACAUGCAACUAUCACUACCACUAAAAGAACUGCAGCUAAUGCAAUUUAUUUAUUGAAAUUCUUUUUGUUAUGAAUGUUAGUUAUGGAUCUAUGAUGAUCGUGUAUCUGAUAUAAUUUAUUAAAAAAAAAAUUAAAUAUAUAUUUGUAUAAUUCAAUUAAA